GCCUCAGUGGCUGAGUCGGGCGCGCUGAGGGCAGCGGGAGCGUCUCUGGUGGCGGAACCGCGAGCGAGGCCGGCAUGGCGGCGCCAUUCUCCCCGCGCCGGAAAGCCGGGGCUGCUGACCGGCGCUGGCUGGUACUGCUGUCGCCGCUGCUGCUGGUGCCAUUGCUGGCGCGGCCCGCAGGGGCGCUGGUCGAGGGGCUGUACUGCGGCACGCGGGACUGCUACGAGGUGCUGGGCGUGAGCCGCGCGGCCGGCAAGGCGGAGAUCGCGCGGGCCUACCGCCAGCUGGCGCGCCGCUACCACCCCGACCGCUACCGGCCCGAGCCCGGCGACCAGGGCCCCGGGGGGACGCCGCAGAGCGCCGAGGAGGCUUUCCUGCUGGUCGCGACCGCCUACGAGACUCUCAAGGAUGAAGAAACACGGAAAGAUUACGAUUACAUGCUGGAUCAUCCAGAAGAGUACUACAGCCAUUACUACCACUACUAUAGCAGGCGUCUAGCACCGAAAGUGGAUGUUAGGGUAGUGAUUUUGGUCAGCGUGUGUGCCAUUUCAGUGUUUCAGUUUUUCAGCUGGUGGAAUAGCUACAAUAAGGCAAUCAGCUACCUAGCCACAGUGCCCAAGUACCGUAUUCAAGCAACGGAGAUUGCCAUACAGCAGGGACUACUCAAGAAAGCCAAAGAAAAAGGCAGAAACAAGAAGUCCAAAGAAGAAAUUCGUGACAAGGAAGAGAACAUCAUAAAGAACAUUAUAAAAAGCAAAAUAGACAUAAAGGGCGGCUAUCAGAAACCCCAAAUACGUGAUCUUCUCUUGUUUCAAAUUAUCUUAGCUCCAUUUCACCUGUGCUCAUACAUAGUCUGGUAUUGCCGCUGGAUUUAUAAUUUUAACAUCAAAGGCAAAGAAUAUGGAGAAGAAGAGAGACUAUAUCUCAUACGUAAAUCUAUGAAGAUGUCAAAAUCUCAGUUUGAUAGUCUAGAAGAUCACCAGAAAGAGACUUUUCUUAAACGUGAGCUCUGGAUAAAGGAGAAUUAUGAGGUUUACAAACAAGAGCAAGAAGAAGAAUUAAAGAAGAAGUUGGCAAAUGACCCUAGGUGGAAGAGAUACAGGAGAUGGAUGAAGAAUGAAGGGCCUGGGCGGUUAACGUUUGUGGAUGACUGAAUACUGAUGGAAAGCUGCUGUGCCAAACUUCAUUUGAUAUUAUUUUUCAUAACUGAAUUAUUUUAGAAAUGUAUCAACUGCUCCUAAGCAGUAACUUAAAAUUCCAGAAGUAUUCGAUUAAAGAGAAUAAUGUAGAAAUUUCAACUUUCCCUCAAAACUUUAUAUAUAAAACGUUUAUGAUUGUUCAAUUUUUAUAAUCUUUUUUUUUAAAAAAUAUUGACAGGAAAAUUUAUUUGCCAUUUAAAAAUUUUAUAGUUCAGUUAAAAGAUUUGACAUGAAAAUUUAUGCUAUUUAAAAUUUU